UACCAAAUUGCUGCUACGCUGCACACGUCACGUGCGGAACGUCAUUGUAUUAUUUUUUUUUACUAUUUACUUAUUGCUGUUAGUGUGCCUAAAAAACGGCUGCACAUUUGGACGAAAAAACAGGCAUUGCCAUAUCAGCGAGCGGGAGAGCGUUAACAAAGAGCGCAAGAGUGCCGAGCGUGAGCGUGUCGGAGAGAGAGAGAGAGAGAGAGAGAGUGGGAGUGCAUGUGCAUGAGCGCGUGUGCGUGAGCGUGAUCGUGAGCGUACGGAACUGAGCAAAUGUCUGACGACGACGGCAGUGUAAACGGUGGCAGUGGCAGCUCUUCGCAACGUAUACGCAACGUGCUGACGUUGGAAGAGCGUGUGGAGGCGAUUCGUCAAUAUGAUAUUGUGCCCAUGUACAGUAAAAUAGCGAAGAACUUUAACUGUAGCUGGGAGCAAAUCAAGAGCAUCGUCUCCAACCGGGAACCCAUCAUGGAAUUCUACGAGGCACGGCGAGACAACAGCAAACAGCCAAACUCCAAGUUUGAGGAGCUGCGCAGACGUAAACUCAACUUUCUGGGCCACUGCCUCUACGAGUAUAUUCAGCGUGCCCAAUAUUAUCUAAAUGUGGACAUCAACGAGGAGCUGAUACGCACCAAGGCAUUGGAGUUCCAGACCCUCAUGGAUAUCGAUAACUUUGUGCCAAACAAGUCGUGGAUCAAUCACUUCAAGGCUGCGUACAACAUAACGCUCUCGAACCGGCAGAUACUGAUGACGCGUAAGCCACCACGAUCGCUGAAUCUGCGUGAUAUCAUGUCCUUUUGUGGCAAGAACACAACCGCAUCGGACAGCAGUAGUAGUCCAGAGCCAAAGGAUACACCGAGUCAAGCAGUGCCACCGGCGCCGCACAAAACGAAUCCCACGGAAAGUCCUUACCUAAUUGUGGAGCCCGUCUCUGAUGGCCGAGUGGCAUUGAUAUCACAGCGUAAGCCUGUCGAUAUACGUUCGCUGUAUCGCACCAAGACCCUGGUCGCGGCAUCCUGUCAGAAUCAAGCGACGCUGGAUGAAAUGCAGCUGCGGCGCAAGCGCAAGAUUAACUUCCUGGAGAAGGCGCUGUUCGAGUACAUUUCGCGCUCGCAAUUCCAUCACAAGAACAAGGGACGCCUCGAUGUGGAUCAUUUGCGCGAGGUAGCCAUCAAUCUGAGGGACAUACUCAAAAUAGAGAACUUCUUUCCGGAUCGUACGUGGUUCAAUCACUUCAAGAGCCACUACAACUUUAGCUUCUCGCAGGGUGUUCAAUACCGGAUGACAUUGAGGCGUGCACCGCUCUCCUUGGAUCUGCGCGACAUCGUCAGCUACUGUGGACGCAAUGAGCAGCGGGAACAGCCGUUGGGCAGCAUCACCCUAACGCCAAAGGAAACGGAAUCCACUCGCUAUGUACUUAGGCCAUUGGUGCAGUCCAAGCCGGUGACACCCACCAAGGAACCAAAUAAUAAUAACAUUAAUAAUAACAAUAAUAAUAACAAUAAUAAUAAUAAUAAUAAUAAUAAUAAUAGUAAUACUCCAGUCGAGGAUGACGACGAUGAUGAUGAUUGCGUGGCCAUUGAGGUGCCAACGGAACUGAUUGAAAUCAACGAUGAUGACGAUGAACAAGAUAAAGCCAAAAGCAAUGACCUCAAGCGGCCAUCAACAGAAACUACUCCCGCACUCAGUUCCCCGCUCAAGAUACAAAAGAUUGAAUCGCUGAAUCCGAGUGCACACAGUCCCGGACACUAUUUGGCGGAUGGCGGAGAUGCCGAGCUGCCGCGAUCCGUCCAGUGCUACGAGGAUGCGUUGCGACUACUCAAACCGCUCGAGGAGUUUGCUCUGCUGGACGAAAACUAUCGAGCCAUUGGAUUGCUCACCCAACUCGAAAAGGUCUUCAAACGAGCUGCAGAAAAUGGCAACGCCUGACAGUUACUCCACUACCAAAUUAGAUUCUAACCGAAAAACUUUAACUACAAUUUGACCAAAAACUAAAAUGCUUAUGUUCUAAGCUAAGUUUCUAAGCUCAUGUAAAUAAUGAAUGAUAUAUAUAGUAUAUAUAAGUAUGAUAUGAUUAUGUUAGCUAUAAUAAGAUAUUGUAUUAAAAAAUUGCACACAUUGAAAAUGUUUGAGAGGCGUAUUAAAUGUCGGAAGUCAGAAAACUUGUCAUAUCAAUAAGAGUAAGUUGCUUCUCUGUGUCGCUUGUCAAACUAAUUUAACGAUACAUAUAAAAAAGUUAUAUAUUAAAUGGAAUAAUUUAAUUGAAUACCAC